CGUUUUCCCAGAAAGCUCCGCCCACUGUCAAAGGAGUACGUUCGGGUAAAAGGACAGUACAAGGAUUUCAACAUUAUUUAGCAGCUACGUAACCACAGAUAAACUCACGUACAGCAACAGAAUCAAAUAACAUGGAUACAGACUUCUUAAGCUGCCUUUUGACAAGCAUCAUUAUAUUCCCAGGCUUAGUGCUUGGAACUGUGCCGGAACCAAAACAUGUAACAGUUUCUUCAGUGAACUUGGGUGCCGUUCUUCAGUGGGAUCCUGUCACCUCUGAAGACAAUAUCACCUACACAGCAGAGUUUGCAAGAGCAUACAAUGAAAACCAUUACAUCGAAGUGUGUCAAAAUAUCAGAGACACAAAAUGUGAUUUCACUGGAAACAUCUCUGCUUUUGGCAUAUUCCACUUCCGUGUGAAGUCUGUUCAGCAGGGCAAUGCAUCCCAGUGGGUUUAUGUGAAGACUUUUACACCAGACCAAGACACACGUAUCGGGCCUCCCUCGGAUGUGAAGUUAAAAUCCAGAUCUGGGUUUCUGGAUAUCAACAUUUCAGAUCCGCCGAUGAAAAUGAAAGACAUGACUUUACGUAACACUUUUGUUCACGUUUCAUAUUUGGUUAGUUACUGGAAAAACACGUCAAGGGAGGAGGUCAAGACCAUUAGAAGUGAGCAAACAUUCUUAGUCCUGGAAAACCUGGAACCCUGGAGUACAUACUGUGUUCAGGUUCAGAUAUCUGUUUCAUUCAACACUGCGGAGACCAGUAGACCAGUCUGCGAGAGUACCAGUGAGGGUAAGACUCCUGGAUGGAUGAUUGCUGUCAUCCUGAUUUGCAGUUUGGUAGCAGUUGCUGCUGUCAUACUUUUCCUCUUCUUUGUUGGAUUCUAUACUUACAAAACAGUGCACUUUUUCUUUCCUUCCUGCAAGCUCCCAGAGCACUACAAAGAGCUGCUGACAAUAACUCCCAAUUCCUUUGCAUUCCUGGACAUACAAAACAACAAAGAGCUGGAUGAGAUCUGCGAUGAGAUCAGCAUUGUAUUGGAGCAGCCAGCAUCUCCCAUUGAGGCCAUGAAGACAGAGCAGGACAGCAAGGAAACCCUGGAAGAACAGCCACUAGUGGAGGGGGAAGACGAUCCAGAAUUGAGAAAGGACAUACCACACUAUGGGAAUUUGAGUUAGCCUUUUUGUCUGGAUUACCAAUGCUCUAUCCUGAUAUUUAUCACCUUGAGUUGGUUAUACCAUUGUGUUUUUUAGUGGUCUUUUUCAUGGAUAUAUGUACGAAAGACCUGUCUACCAUUCAACCAUAUUGGCAAGUGAUUCUUUACUCCAGUGAAGUGGGAUCGGACUACUGUAGCUUCCUUUGUCUGUAGAGUAUUAUUUUAUACCAAAGAUUUUCUAAUUCAUCUGUAUGUGGUGCAUGACAUAGCUUUUUACAGACAUGGAAACUUUCAUAUCUGGCAGUGCUGCCAGCACCAUACCACCUCCCAAUGUCUCCAUGUCCCAUAUCAGUUAUGACCACACAGCCAACUUGUAUAAUUGCUGUACAAUUUUCUCAGUGAUGCUUGAAUUCAGUUUAAUAUGUUUUUUUUUAAACUGAACACAAACUGAAUGGGCUAAACAUUACACAGAACAAUAAUUAAACUGCUCUGUUAAGUUGUUUAUUUCUAGUUUUAUACUGGUAACAAUUGUUUUAUUUAUCUUUAAAAGUCUUUCAGCUGAUACUGUACUGUUGCCAAAAAAAAUGACUGAGGUAAUUCUACCAUUUGUUUUUUAUGUACAUCCUAUGGAAUCUUGCCACAUUUUUUUUCAAAGAAAAAGAGGAACUUGAUAGAGCAGUUUUACCUAAUAAAAUGAACAUUCUGCAACAUGGAAGCAGGCGCAAGUCUCAGAGCUUACAAAGAGUUUCUUAAAUGUUUUUUUUUUUAAUGUCUAUACAGGUUUCUUCAUAUCCUCAAGUUGUUAUAUUCCCAGCUGAGGCAGAAUGGCGAAAUACUCAAAAUUGACCCUAUUCAGAGCAUUUGUAACAUCAAAAACAAAACUGAAAAGUCCUGCUUCUGAUAAUUUCCAAAACUGCUAUUUGCCUGAAAACUGACAACACUGAGGCAGCAAAGACAUGUACAGAUAAGGGAAGUGCAAGUUUAAACCUGUAUUCUCAAUAGGAGGAGCUAUGAAGCUAGGCUUACAAAAAGGUCUCUAGCUCAGUGGGGUUCAUUCUUGUUUGUUAUUUGUCUUUCUUAUUUGUUGCUUACACAUAAACAGACCUCACACAGAAAAAUAAUUUAGUUACCAUAAUUUCUCAUCAGCGGCAGUAAUUGUAACAUACAGUUCCCCACUCUUUUUAAUUAACUGCCUAUUUACCGUAAAUACUGCUCAUGCCCCCUAUAAAAAUACAAUAAGAUAAAAGAGAAAAUAUACAUUUACAGUGCCCUACUAUUGGGAGGCUGUCAUAAUAAUUGCACAUACAGCAAUCUACCCAUUAAAAAACUAUAGGAAUUGUAUUUCAAUCCCAUUGCACUGAAGCAAGGCUCCAGUAUACAAAACAAGCUUGGGGUUUCUCAGUAUUUAAACACUAAGCAACGCAAAACCAAAACAGCAUUUGCUCCAGUGCAGUUUGCACCAUUUGAAAUAAAACAAAGAAUUAGCAUAUGAAUACAAAAUAUAAGUAAACAAGUCAUAUUUCUCCAAAAGGAAUAAACAGCUAAUGCUUAACGACGGUAUCAAAUGACUCGCUCCAAAUGAUGCAUCUGCGCAAGUGCUAGUCAGAGCUUCCGUUUCCCUUUAGACCAUGUCUUGACAACUACAAUUGCAAGUAUUUAUUUAAAGUAUUUUUUGUAUAUCCUCCCAAUUUAAAAAUGUCAUUAUGUUUGCUUUAUAAUGGUUUUUCGUUUUAUAUUUUCAUUUAGUUUUAUUUGUUUUAUAUGUUGCAUUUCGUUUAAUUUCAUGCUAUUUCGGAUUUGCGAAAAACACAGGGCUCUAUUUAUAGUCCUUUAUGAAGCUAAUUCUGUUUUAUUAUACUGUAUGUCUCUAUUUUAUGUAUACUGUACUAGCAAUAAAAAGUAAAUAUUAA